GGCCUUUGCAUGAUCAAGAUUUGAAAUUGCUAGUGUCAUUCCAACCAGAAGGAAGAAAAAUAAAUCAAGGUGUAGCCGUGUGUCAGACAGUCUGAAAUGAUUAACAUAGGUGAAAGUGCAAGACUGCUUUUAUAGUGAAUUCAAUAGCGGAUACCAAAAUGACACUGGAGGGACAUGGGUCAAGAAGCAGUUGCCACGUCAAUUCUCUGGGACCAAAACAUCCCUAUUAUUCAUGUAAAAUAACAAUUCAACUCUCAUCACGCGCUGAUUGCAUGCCCAACCGUGUCUAUAAAUAAAUAGCAAGCUAAGUAUCCCGCCAUGCCAACAUUAUUUUUUCUUGAUUCAAAUUUCUAAGCCAAAGACUCUUUCAGUUUUCUCUCCGUAUUUCGCUUCCUUAUUCAUCCUAUUGCAAUUCUCAGCUCCCUUAGUCUUAAAAUUGUCCAACAAUGGUUGUUGCACAGAAAGUUAAAGAGGCGGAGAUCACCGAGCAGGACUCGCUUCUUCUUACCAGGAACUUGCUUCGUAUUGCUAUAUUCAACAUUAGCUACAUCAGAGGCCUUUUCCCUGAAAAGUAUUUCAAUGAUAAGUCCGUUCCUGCUUUAGAGAUGAAGAUCAAGAAACUGAUGCCGCUGGAUGCAGAGUCUCGUAGGCUGAUUGAUUGGAUGGAGAAAGGUGUCUACGAUGCAUUACAGAAAAAGUACCUGAAAACUCUAUUAUUCUGCAUAUGCGAGUCAAUUGAUGGAGCAAUGAUUGAGGAAUACUCAUUUUCUUUUACUUAUUCCGGUUCUGAUAGCCAAGAGGUUUCGAUGAAUAUUAAUCGCACUGGAAACAAGAAACAAGGAGGGACAUUCAAGUGUAACUCCACGACUGAAAUUACUCCCAAUCAAAUGAGGAGUUCUGCUUGUAAAAUGGUCCGUACGCUGGUUCAGUUGAUGAGAACUCUGGAUAAGAUGCCUGAAGAGCGUACUAUAUUGAUGAAACUCCUCUACUAUGAUGGUGUGACGCCACUGGACUACGAGCCACCAUUCUUUAGAGGUUGUACAGAAGAGGAAGCUCAUAAUCCAUGGACCAAAAAUCCUUUAAAGAUGGAGGUUGGAAAUGUCAACAGCAAGCACUUUGUUUUAGCUCUCAAGGUUAAAAGUGUACUUGAUCCUUGUGGGGAUGAAAAUGAUGACAUUCAAGAUGAUGAAGUUAGCCUAGGUGCUAACUCUGUUCAAAGAGAUGAAUCUUCUGACUCUGACAGUGAGGUUAACGAAUCACAAGAAAACCAAUUUAUCCUGGCACCAGCAGACAAGCAACGACCAGAAGAAGAUAAUAGCAUGGUUGAUGAAGAUGAUACUCAAGACUCCAUGGAAGAUGAACAGCAAUUGGCCAGAGUGAAAGAUUGGAUCAAUAGUCGUCAUCUUGAUACUGUUGAACUUACUGAUGUUCUCUCAAAUUUCCCAGAUAUCUCAGUGGUUUUGACUGAAGAAAUAAUGGACAAACUUGUAAAGGAAGGUGUUUUAUCAAGCACUGGAAAAGACAGUUAUACUAUAAAGAAGCAAAAGGGGUCUGAGUACGACUUCACAGUUAAAGAAGAAAUGGACGGCCAAGUCAAGAUUGUUCAGAAAUCUCCAAGGGUUCAAGAUCACAUGUAUAUGAAGGCUUUGUAUCAUGCUCUUCCAAUGAAAUAUGUGACGGUUGCAAAGCUUCAGAGGAAGCUGGAUGGACAGGCGAAUCAGACCACUGUUCGAAGGAUUAUAAAUAAGAUGACUCGGGAUGGUUUUCUUGAAGCUAAAGGCAGCCGAAGGCUAGGCAAGCGGGUCAUCCACUCCAGUCUGACAGAGAAAAAGCUACUUGAAGUCAAGAGAGCUUUAAGCAAUGAUGCUAUGGUGAUGAUUGUAAUUUGUCAGUUGUGUAACACCGCAUCUUCUGCAGAAUGUUUAAUCACAACUCUUUUCAUAAACCAGGAUGUGGAUACCAAUGAACCCCAUAGCAAGACGAAUCAUCUGGCAUUCGACGGAACUGGAAGCAACCACAGGGAUAUGUCUACAUGCGGUGUCCUCCACUCCAUUGGUUCAGAUCUUACACGCAUGAGGGGCCGAUCUGAGAUAAACCAAAAUGGUUCAAUCCGGAGUGAGCAGACUAUCUCAAAGACCAGGGAAAAUGGAAGCACCCCCAUAAGCAGGGCUCAGCCAAUAGCUUCAGGGGAGAGCUUUGUCCCAGGAUGUGAGAACAUCGGAGUAAAUGGAAACUGCAACGAGGUAGACACAGUCAUGUGUAGUAGACCAUCCCAAGAUAAGCGAGGCAGGAAAGCAAGCACGGUCAAGGAGCCUAUCCUCCAGUACAUGAAGCGCCAGAAAUCUCAAGCUGUUUGAAAGGCGAACUCAAAAUUUUCUCGUCAAGUAUAAUAUAAACAAGUGACUUUGAUCAGAGAUCCUGUUAAUAACAAUAAUCCCUGGAGCCUAGAUAGUUUGUUUGAUUUAGAAACUGGUAAAUGUUCUUUUGUUGGUACUAACAUUUUAUGGGCUGCUAUUUCUAUAA